UUUUGAUGGCAAUGAGAGCGUAGAUCGGAGAGAGAGAGUAAAUAAAUAAAAUGGGUAAAGGUAGUAGCAGCAGUGGAUGUUGUUGUGGAUUGAAGGCAUGGUUAUUGUUCAUUGUGGUUGCAGCGGAUGUAGUCGCAUGGUGUUUUGGUCAGAUGGCAGAGAAUAGUCAAGAUGAAGUGAAGAGCGUUGGUGUAUUUGGGGUAGAGUGUACGAAGAGGAGAAACGGGAGAGCGUCUGAGCUGGGGGCAAUAGCAGCGUACUCAGUGGGAGUCGCUCAUUUGGUCGCCCUUUUCCUCGGACGCUGCGCCUGGCUCACAGGUCUUCCGGAAUAUUGUGGCAGGUCCGGCCGCUGCCCGCCGGGAAAUCCACUGUCCUUUUUAGCGUGGGUCCUAAUGUGGGUUUGUUUUGGGGCAGCAGAGUUGGUGCUGGUGAGGGGAGCGAAUGCGAACAAAAAGUCGUCCGGGAUUUCGUGUCACAUCUCUACCGAUGGGUGGCUCAAGGUGGGAGCAUGGUUGGCCGUUGCCCACUCCCUCUGCGCAUGGGCCUUCUAUUUCUUUGCCGAACAAGCCUUCUCUGCUGAAUAUUACCCCGACGCCAAACCCUCCAAAUCCACUGCCGCACCGGCUUAAUAUAUUCAUCCCCCACACUCCAUCUUAUGUAUCUUCAUUAUGCAAUACUAGCUCUCGUUACUUAUGUCGUCGUAUGUAUACACCAAUUCAAUUCCAACUACAUACAUACGUACCGUGCCUACUCCAUCUUUAUAAUAAAUAAUACAUCACACAUCUCAUGUGAAAUGCCAAAUGUAGAUGCAUUACAACCACAGAUAGAG